GACGUCAUCGCACGGGGCGGAGGCGACAGUUUCUGAACUGAGGCUCCUCGUGUUGCGACGCCGGCCGCCGCUUUCUGAGGCAGCGUGUCUUCCAGACACUUUCUUCUUUCCCCUGUCUUCCGACUAGAAUCCCGAGCCGAGAUGGCAGACGAUCUGGGAGACGAGUGGUGGAAGAACCAGCCGACAGGAGCUGUGAGCAACUCAGAAGCAUCAGAUGGUGAAGAAGGACAAGAUGCUAAAAUGAUGUCACAGGAGAUAGCUCCAGCUCCUGUCCUGUCAAAGAAAGCCAAACAGCCUAAAGAAUGUUUCUUGAUACAAUCAAAGAAAACAAAAGAGGAUGCCACCAAGACCAGGAAGAGGAGGAAGAAGAAAAUUACUGACAUUCUUGCAAAGUCAGAGCCAAAACCAGGAACACCUGAAGACCUGCAGAAGCUGAUGAAGGACUAUUAUAGCAGCAGUCGCUCUGUGAUUGAAUUAGAAGAACUAAACCUGCCAGAUUCCUGUUUCCUCAAGGCUAAUGAUUUGACUCACAGUCUCUCCUCAUACCUAAAGGAAAUCUGCCCUAAGUGGGCAAAACUUUGGAAGAACCACAGUGAGAAGAAAUCAGUCUUGAUGUUGAUCGUCUGCAGCUCUGCCAUCCGAGCCCUGGAGCUCAUCAGAUCGAUGACAGCAUUCAGGGGCAAUGGCAAAGUUAUGAAAUUAUUUGCAAAACACAUAAAGGUCCAAGAACAAGUAAAGAUGCUAGAGAAGCGUGUUGUGCACCUGGGUGUUGGAACUCCAGGGAGAAUUAAAGAACUUGUUAAACAAGGUGGCCUUAAUUUGAACCCCUUAAAGUUUUUGGUCUUUGACUGGAACUGGAGAGAUCAGAAGUUGAGGAGGAUGAUGGACAUUCCCGAGAUAAGAAAGGAGGUUUGUGAACUUCUGGAAAUAGGAGUCCUUGGUCUGUGCAAAUCAGAAUCUUUGAAGCUGGGCCUUUUCUAAGUCUGGAGCCUAAUGAAAAUUCCAGUUUUCAUAGUGGGAUUUGGAUUUCCUUUAAUGAUUGUGGCACAUUGCAAGUACUCAGUUAAUAUCAGCUAUUGUUUUAUUAUGUUAACUGCAUCGCCAGAUGGAGCAUUGGAAGUAUUUGCUAGGGAUUCUUUGACAAAAUUUAAUCUGUCCUUUGCCAACUUCCUUGUAUAAUAAAGUAUCACUGGCUUGUGUACUUUUGUUAAGCAGAGUGAGUUUUCUCCCACCAACUAGCCUCUUAGGUGACACGCAGAAGAAGGGAAAGAACUUCAAGAUAAACUUAGGCAACCCCCCGCCCCUGUCUGAGCCUCAGUUUUAUCAGCAGUGAAAUGGGAACGAUAUUUCACAGGACUGUCCGUCUCAGUGUGAUGGUACAUGGGGGCAGAUUUGUAAACUGUGAAACCUGAUCCCAGUGAGAAGAGUGGCAGUUAGUGGCAGAAAGAAUUGUAAGGUUAUGUGGCAUUUACAAAAGACAACACUCUAACUACAACUGUCUUUUUUAACCUUUUAUUUUAGAAUAGUUUCAGACUUCAAAAAAGUUGAAAAAACAGUAUAGAGCAUUCCCAUAUCCCCUUCCACCAAUUUCCCCCAAUAUUAUAUGAGGAUAGAUAUUUACCAAAACUACAAAAUCAGUGUUGACACAAUACAAUUACUAUAGACUUUACUUGGAUUUCACCACUCUUUUCACUAACAUCCUUUCUCUAUUUCAAGAUCCAGUCAAAGAUUCCAAUUGCAUGUCUUUAAUCACAUCGUAGUUUCCUUGUAUUAGUGACAGUUUACCAAGUUAUCUUUACCUUUCAUGACCUUGAGACUUUUAAGGAAUACUGGUGAGAUAUUUUGUAUGAUACACCUCAAUUUGAGUUACUAUUGGUAUCUAAUGAUUUGAUUAAGUUCUUCCAUUUUUUAGUCAGCAAACUAAUAAUAAGGGGUUAUAACACUUAGACCAAAAUAACAUAUUUAGUCAGAAGUGAUAUGUCCUUCUUAAUAUGUCACAUGGGGGCACACAAUAUUGAUGUGUCUUAUUAGUAAUGGUAUCUGCUGGUUUUUUCCACUGUGGAGUUGCUAUUUUCCCCUUUGCAACUAAAUGUCUGUCUGGGGGGAAAUGCUUUGGAGCUAUGCAAAUAUCCUGUUUUUCCUAAUAUUUUGCCCACUUAUUUUAGCAACAUUGGUUGUUCUCGCCUACAAGAGUUAUUACUGUAAUGAUUUUUCUUUUUUGUCAUUGCUUUGGCAUGUUAAUGAGAAUUCCUCUUCAAAAAGAAUGUUCCUAUUUACAUGUUUUUUUCAGUUAUUUAUUUAUAUCAAUAUGGACUCAAGGUUAUUUGCUUUGUUCUGUGUGAUAUAACCCAAUACUAUUGGUUUUUAUUUUGGUACUCGAAUCCACUUACUUUUUUCCUAAUUUAAAUAAUGUUUACUGGUUAACCCUUCUCUGUCAAGUAUUGUGUUUAAAGCUUUCAUUUAUAUAUAAUUUUUUCAUGUUUAGUUAUUGAAAAGGUCCUGAAUCAAAAGUGUUAUUAUUCACAUUUUAUAAAUAAUGUAACUGAAUAUCAAAAGGGCCACACACUUAUGUGUAGUAAAACCAGAAAUCAAGUCCAGCUCUUCCAUAUUCACUUCAGGACAGACACCAUGCUUGU